CUUACCAUUAUGGAGUACAUUGAUUUUGCUCCAAGCUAGCUUCAUGGAAAGCAUAGCCCCCAAUGGUUUAGCUGCGAACCCGUGGAGACUAUGCACAAUAAAGCAAGUAGAAGAGCUCAAAGCAUUCGUAAAGAUCUUAUCAUUAUGGAGUACAUGGACCCUGCUCCAAACUAGCUCCAUGGAUGGACAAGCCCCUAAUGGCUCAGUUGUAAAGCCAUGGACACUUUACACAAUUGAGCAAGUAGAAGAGCUGAAAGCAAUUAUAAAAGUCUUACCAAUAUGGAGCACAGGGAUCUUGCUCCAAGCUAGCUCCAUGAAUGGACAUAGCCCCUGAUGGCUCAGCUGUCAAUGCGUGGAGAUUUUGCACAAUACAGCAAGUGGAAGAGCUCAAAGCACUAACAAAGGUCUUACCAUUAUGAAAUACAAAGAUCUUGCUCCAUGCUAGCUGCAUGAACAGAAAGCUCCCAAUGGCUUAGCCAUCAAUGCGUGGAGAUUUUGCACAUUAGAGCAAGUAGAAGAGCUCAAAGCACUAACAAAGGUACUCUUACCAUUAUGGAGUACAGGGAUAAUGCUAUGGAUAAAUGCAAGCAAACCACGUUCAUGUUGCCCUAGCCCCACGGAUAGGCACAUUGCCCAAAAAUUUGAAAUUUCACCGAUCGAGCAACAUUUGCUACAUUUGGCGUUAUCACAAUGAUAAUUUGAUUAUUUUAUAUGAUCAUUGGUAAUAUGGGGGUUUUUGUUUUUAUAUGAUCGUUUGUAAUUCUUCCACUGGCCUCAAAGAUCAAAGGUGAACCACUGCAGCUUGGUGUUAAACUAUGAAGCAAGAUCGCAUGCGCAGACACAUUUCUCGAAAAUUUGAAAUUCUGCCAGCUUCUUUGCUACCUUUAUAAUGAGCUUCAUCGAUUGCUUUACUUCCUCCUUUGCACUUGGGCUUAUGUGUUUGUGGUGAAAAGUAAAAGAUAUUGCGAACGACUCAAAAGAGAGAAGUAUUAUCUAAUCAAGUGAUUGACUUUAAAGAUGUCUGGGAUUAGGUAAGAAGAAGAAGAAUGGUCCAUGUACAGACUAAAUAUACCCUAAGAAUUUAGUGGCCUUUAAAUCCUUAGUUCAACUCGGGCCAAUAACACUCAUGGAAGAAAAAAAAAAAAUUUGGUUUUUAUGAAUAUUCCCCUUCCUCAAAAAUUUCCUUUGUUCAAGAAAAUUAUUAAAUUGUU